AGCAUCCCUUGGAGACCAUAGAACAGUUCAACGAUUACUAGAACUCGACAUUUCGAUAGCAUAUGUUUUGGAUAAACAGGGUUUCUCACCAAUUCAUGUUGCAGCCAGCAAAGGUCAUACCAGUGUGAUUAGAGAGAUUGUUCGGCAUUGCCCAGAUUCGGGAGAACUUGUUGACCCCUAUGGACGAAAUGCUCUUCAUAUGGCCAUUGUUGGUGGCCACGCAAAUGUGGUCAGGUAUAUACUAGAAACAGAAGAGCUGGAGGAGCUCAUAAACCAGCCUGAUUUUGAUGGAAAUACGCCUUUGCAUCUAGCCACCAUUGAAAGAAAAACCUGGAUUCUGAGUUACUUGAAGUGGGACAGAAGAGUGAAUCCGAGAUCCAAGAACAAAUAUGGACAAACAGCAUUUGACAUUGAUAGGUCAAUCAAAGAAAUUACAUCUCCCAGAAAUAUAGUCCCAAGCAUUUGUGGACAUCUCCGGACACCGCCUUCUUGGUUAGAUAGCAUCAGGAUUCUCCCAAGAGCAGACCAAGAAGAAGCCAAUGCAGUGCAAACUUACAAACAAAUGGGGCAGACCCUUUUAAUGGUUGCAACACUUAUCACAACUGUGACGUUUACAGCGGCCUUCACAAUGCCUGGAGGCUACAACAACAAUAUUGGUCCAGACAAAGGGGUGGCUCUUCUGGAAUCAAGCAAAUAUCUCAAACUCUUCAUCAUCGCAGACACCAGUGCCAUGACUUCCUCAAUAAUUGCAGCUUGCCUUCUGUUCUGGGGAGCUGUUAACUGCAACAAGUCCUCCUAUGUUUACUAUUUCACAAGUGCUGCUGCUCUUACAUAUUUUGCUCUGCAAUUCACUGCAGUAUCCUUCGUAACAGGGAUUUUGGCUGUCAUGCCCCAUCAGCACUUCGUCAGAAUCAUGGGACAUGCAAUUGGGGUUGCUUUUCAUGUUAGUACCUUCCUGUUUCUUUCCCAAUUGGUCAAAAUGUUUUCCAUCCCUGAAGCCUGCAGAUUUUUUAUUUCCAAUCUUUGUAAGCUCAAGUCUAGAAUUACAAAUAAACAAUGAAGAAUAAGAGUGCAUUCUUCACUAUUUGCAUGCACUAGGAUGCAUGUCAACAAAUAUCCCAUACACAGGGCUGAAAAUUAGUGAGGCUUUUGUAGUUCAACUGCUUUUAUUCCAUCA